AACUCGUUAAAGCGUGUUGUUGAAAUUCGCAGUCACAAACUAUACCUUGAACAGAGCAACAAAACUUUCGUAGACAACACCAAUUUGGGGAAAAUGGCACUCAAGGAGUAUCAAGUCGUUGGCCGUAAGGUCCCAACUGAACAGGAACCUGUUCCUAAGUUAUACCGUAUGCGUUUGUUUGCUCCUAACGAAUCUGUCGCCAAGUCUCGUUACUGGUACUUCUUGAAGAUGAUUAACAAGGUCAAGAAGGCCACUGGUGAAAUCGUUGCCAUUAACCAAAUUCACGAACCCAAGCCCCUUCAACCUAAGGUUUUUGGUAUCUGGAUUCGUUAUGACUCUCGUUCCGGUACUCACAACAUGUACAAGGAAUUCCGUGACACUACCCGUGUCGGCGCUGUCCAGGCUAUGUACCAAGACAUGGCUGCUCGUCACCGUGCUCGUUUCCGCAGCAUCCGUAUUCUCAAGGUUGUUACCGUUGAGAACAAGGAAGAAGUUCGCCGUAGCUACGUCAAGCAACUUCUCGAUCCCAAGUUGAAGUUCCCUCUCCCUCAUCGUCGUACCGGUACUCUCGGCUUGGCUGGCAAGAAGGUUUUCGCUCCUCACCGCCCUACCACUUUCUACUAAUUUUUUUGUAUGGUUUUCAUAGACACAGCAACUGUGUGUGUUAUAUAAAAUACAGUUCCUCAACAUAUAAAUGGGUUAAGUCAGGGCAUAAUAUCAAUGAUUUUAAAAGUAAGGA